GAAUGGGGGACAUUUGCAGGACCUGUUCGCAAGAAGCAGAUCCUGCAACAGCCAAUAAUCUUUUCGAUCCGUCGAGUGCAUCGCUUCUUGUUCAAAUAGAGGACUUGACCCAUAUAAUGCUGCAGAACGAUGAUAAUUUACCCAAAUGGAUAUGCCAAAACUGUCUGCUUGAUCUGAAGAUAGCCACCGACUUUCGCAGAGUUUGCAUUGAGGCUCAAGAACUGCUACAACUCCAGGGAGACCGGGCCAAGGCUGAAGAGAAUGGGGAGGGCCAAUGGAUCGAUGGUGCUCUGUCGGACGGAAUCCUCUGCCCGCCGGAAGAUGUGAUAAACUUUGUGCCGGAGGUCCAAGAUGACCUUUCCGAGAUAUCUAAAAAACCACAAGAGUCCGAGUACCUGACGCCUUCGUUAGUUCUGGAUGAAUACGCCACUAUAGAUUGUUCAGCUGAAACUCAGUUUUCGGAUGAGACUCUUGAGGAAAUAAAUGUCGAAUCAACAUACAACGACUCCAAUGAGAUAGAAACGAUUUAUAGUCCCGACUCUACGAAUUACACCUGCAGCAAUUGUGGACUCGGAUUUGAUGAUGCGGAAGAGCUAAGGACCCACAAGUACCAGCUGCAUGACGUAUCAACCGAUACCAAAUUCGUUUGCGACCAUUGCGAGGAGGGCUUCCGCACGGCAGCAGAACUGGCCAAGCACUGCAAUCUUCUAAAGCAUCCUUGCAUCCAUGAGUGCGUAAAGUGCACGGCUAAAUUCCAUAGCAAGAUCCUGCUGGACACGCACAGCGAAGUAUGCCAACUGUCCACGAUAGGCAACAAAGUGUGUCAUAUUUGCGGCAAGAGGCUGUCUUCCGCCUUCGUUCUGAAGACUCACCUUUUGCGCCAUUCGGGUAAACGUCCCCACAAGUGCUCGCAAUGUGACGCCGCUUUUACCGUCGCCGCCGAACUAAAAACGCACAUGAAUACUCAUUCGUCCGAGCGUUCAUUUGUGUGCCGCUACAACUGCGGUAAAUCUUUUCGCUUCAGCAGUGCUCGCUCUUCGCACGAGAGAAUCCACAUGGAUGAUAGCAAACGUAUUUACUACUGCGAGUAUUGUCCCAAGUCCUUUGUGACGCCAAGCGCAUGCCGGGCACAUCAGAAGCAGCACAGCUCGGACGGCGAUCACAGAUGUGACACUUGCCACAUUAGUUUCCGGCAAAGAAAGCAUUACCAAAACCAUCUAAAGUCCAAUACCCACAAGGUCCUAGAGGCGCGUGCCGCAGCUGCUACGCUACAUCCAUAUUUCCCACAUUAACAUUCCAUCUUCAAUUAGAAUUCUAAUUCCUGUCUGCAUUUAAAUAAUAAAUAAUGUACCUAGCAAAAUGACGCGUGCAAUCAAUCUUAC